CCUUUACUGAGCCAGUGUAGCACAAAAUGUCGGCAAAAAUCAUAAAAAUAAAUGAUUUAUUGCCCGUUAGGUCUUAAUUUUUUCACCGAGCCUCUGCUAUUCAUCGACACCCAACCGGCGGAACCCCCGUUUGCAACUUACGAGCUCUUCCAGAAAAAAACAGACUCGAGCUGUCAAAUGCUUGUUGCUCGGGGGAAGUCGGAGCUGGAAAAAAGUGGCGAAUUAGCAGCGAAGAGCGAACUCCCGCUUUAAUUUUCUCUUAACCUGAUUCGGGCGAAGAUCUGUCUUAACAGUUCAUCGAGUUCUAGAGCGAAUCGUAUCGUUUUUAGCGCAUGUUUUUGCCUUGACUUUUUCUGCUGUGUCCGCGCUGGGUGGUUGCCGUCUGGGCUUCGUGACUGUCGGUGUGGCUAGCGGCGCUCGGCGGAGGGCAGAUUCGUGGCGAUGAGACCAUUAUCAGGAAGUGCCUUUCACACAACUCCCCACAUCGUAGCUGAUCUCUGGUCUCUGUCUGACUGUACCACCCACAGUCCUCUCUCUCCACCUCUGUCAGAGCACUAAUCCCUCCAUCACAAACCAUCCCUCUGUCCACCUGACUGCAGCAUUCAAUUCACCCCAUAGGAGCUGCUGGCAGAGGAGAACAGCUAACGGCCACAGCCAGGAGAGCAUAAAAAGAAGAGGAAGUAAUAAACUGAGCCUUCUCUAAGAGUACCUGAAGGAACAUGCUCCACAGGAACAUUACAUUUUGUUGAUAAAAGUCAAAUAUUCGGCCAAAGGAAGUCUAAUGCUCUUCCUGUUUUGAGUGCCACAGAGCAUGUCUGUUUCCCUUCUCAGUCUCUUGUAAAUCAAACAGACAGAAGUGUGAUUUACAGCCAGCCAACCAAUUACAGUCUUUGUUUACCAUAAACGACUUUACACAACGGUCAGGCAGUCUGAACGUAGUGGAUAAGUGCCCGCCAUCUGAUCACUAGAUUUUUUAUUGUUAAGUCAGUUUCGGUGGACUGUCUGCAACAUGUCUGUGGCAUUGCCCGCUGUGCGUGACACUAAGUGGCUGACUCUGGAGGUGUGUCGACAGUUCCAGAGAGGCACGUGCUCUCGCAGUGAUGAAGAAUGCAAGUUCGCUCACCCUCCCAAGAGCUGCCAGGUGGACAAUGGUCGAGUCAUAGCCUGCUUUGACUCUCUGAAGGGUCGCUGUUCAAGGGAUAAUUGUAAAUACCUUCACCCUCCAUCUCACCUGAAGAGUCAGCUAGAAAUCAAUGGGAGGAACAACCUGAUCCAGCAAAAGACAGCUGCAGCCAUGUUGGCGCAGCAAAUGCAGUUCAUGCUCCCGGGAUCCACCUUGCCUGCUGUGUCUUCUUUUCCUGUUAGUCAGAGUUUGGGGCCAGGGCCUGGGAUCAGCUACUCCCCCUACCUCUCCUCUGUCCCUCAUGGGAUGGGGCUGGUUGCAACAGAGAUGCUCCCAAGCAACCCGGUUAUUGUCCCUGGAAGCCCUGCAGUAGCAGUACAGAGCUCCAACUCCUCUUCACCAUCUCAGAAAGCAUUGCGCUCUGACAAGCUGGAGGUGUGUAGGGAGUUCCAGCGAGGGAACUGCUCCCGAGGAGAGACAGACUGUCGAUUUGCCCACCCAAGUGACAGUCCCAUGAUUGACAGCACUGAUAACACAGUGACGGUGUGCAUGGACUAUGUGAAGAGCCGCUGCUCUAGAGAGAAGUGCAAAUACUUUCAUCCUCCAGCUCAUCUGCAGGCACGCCUCAAAAGCUCUCAGAGCACCCAAAGCACUGCUGCAGCCGCUGCUAUGACUCAGUCAAGUGCCAAAGUGCUGAAGCGACCCCUCGAGGCAACUGUUGACAUGGCGUUUCCUCACAGUAUGUUGCAGCCAUUGGCUAAACGAGUGGCUCUGGAGAAGAGUGGAGGACCAGGAGGUCUGUUAAACCCAAGUGUUCUGCACUAUCAACAAGCUCUCACCAACACACCACUGCAGCCUUCUACUGCACUGUUCCCUACAGGCUCAGUCCUGUGCAUGUCUCCUGGACCUGGCAUCGUUCCCAUGAUGCUCAGUGCCCCGCCCGCUACUGCCUCCGCUCCUGCUGCAAGCCCCUACGCUGCUGCUGCUGCUGCCGCCGCGGCAACCGCCAAUCAGAUCAUUUUGAAAUAGAGCGCAGGAGAGGUACAGAGUGCCAGCGCAGCAUACACACACUCCUUAGACGACAAGUGUGUGGACACAACAUCCUCAACUCACCAGUACAGCUACAUGCAUGUUGAUACACACACACAUACACACAUAAUUUGACCAUUAGAUAAUGCCUGCUGGAUUGCGUUCAAGAAAUAUAUCGUACAAAUAUAUAGAUAUAAUAUGUAUAUAUAACCAAGUAAGUAAUUAAAGUAAUUCUAAUUAAACAUUUCUAGGAGAGUUUUACUGGAACAAGACCUUACUCUUUCUGCUUGUACAUUUUAACACAUUAUAUAAUUAUACAGUUAUACACAGUACCAUCACCAGUGAUGAGUAGGGGUUAAUUCAACACUUUUUUUACUGUGUGAAUUUAUUUGCACUUUUUUUUUUUUUUUAUAAGAGGCAGUGUCUUGAGAGAGACUAUUAUAAUUCCAGUGAGAGGAAUGCUCUGUUUUAGCUGAGCGCAGAGAUACUAAUGUAUAGGUUUACCUGUGUGGACAAGCAGCAGGGAAGGUCUCGACACCCUAGUGCCGAAGCAUGUCAAAGCCAUGAAGAAGGAUGGUGGACAGCAUGUCAAAACCAUGUAAAAGAAUGGUGGACAGCAUGGAGAACGACAGGGGAAGCUGAUCUCUCAGCUCCACUUCUCCAAUUAAUGCCCUGCGCGAACACUGCUGCAGCUCCACAACUCGAACCGAGAGAAUGGCUACUCUGUUUGCCAAAUUCUUGGUAUGGAAAAAAAUUAUAAUCCAAUGUUUUGACCUUUAAGAGUGGCCAAACAGAAUAGUGACACAUGACUUUGAACCCUUUAAGACUUGAGUGUGAAUCUGAAGUUUAAUGCUGCGGCUGUUCGUUUGUAAUUUCUUUAGUUAGAACUAUUGAGUGAGUCAUAAUUUCGCCACACUAGAGGCUGUUCUCUUGUUCUCUUGAUACUGUGCCAUUGAAAGAGAGUGAAAAAGAUAGAGAGAAGCCAAGAGAUAACUACGUGCAAAUGUGUGACUUAGUGUGUAUGUGUGUCUGUGUGUACAGUAAAGUAGUUUGACAUUAGUUAGUAAACCUGGGCUCCACAGCUAGACUCAGGGUCUAGAAUUCUCAGCUCUUGAAGCUGAGUUCAGUUGAGCUGAGUUGGGCUUUGAGCUGAGUUCAUCCUGUUCCUGGUUUCUGUUUUUAUUUUCUGUAUUUAUUCUCCUAUGAUUCUGUAUAAGUGCCUAACAAAGUUCUUAACUACCAUCUUAUGGAGACAAACUGUUUGUGUUCAGUUAUGUUGCUGCAUUGUGUCAAUCUCAAAAAGAAAAAAGGAUAAAAGAUUGUGGAUGUCAUAUCAUUUUUUGAUUGUUUAGUCCCUAAUGAAUACAAUAAAAAAGCUGAUUUAUUACUACUUAAAAACAUAAAAUGAUGUCGUAUACAGCAGGAGUCUACGACUGCAGUCUGGGAGGCCCACUGUGUUGCUCGUGUUUUCUCUGCUCUCACACGUGAUUCAGCUCAUCAUAUAAUUAUAAAGCCCUUCAUGGAUUGAAUCAUGUGAUAGAGAAGGGAAAGCUGCAGGCCAGUGGCUCUAAAGCCGAAAAACACCUGCAAUAGAGAAUGCACAAUCUUCCCUGGUUAGCACUUCUGUAUUUAAUUGAGUAACAAUCACAGAUACAAUAGGUCUUGUUCAAACCUACCCAAAUUCCAUGCGUGAUUUCCAGCUCUCUUCAUGCUUUAUGUUCACUUUAACAUUUUUUUUUUGUUUUGAUUUCCGAGUAAAUCUCAAGGUUGUUCACUCACUGCAGUGUGUUUGAAUUUAACAUGUGUUUAACAUAAUGCAUAAUAGCUCAUUUAUUACUACAAUUUACAUCUUAGAAAACAGUCAGUGGUUUUCUUUCUGUGUGUGCGUUCAUGCAUAUUCAAGAGUGUUUUAAUUCAGGGCGGAGAUAUAAUGCCAUGUGAGAACUUAGACAAUCUUCAGUUUAUAUACACAAAGGCACUGCUUAAACUUUUACUCAUCUAACUUCUCAGCAGUCAAUGCCUGAGCAUAAUUUAUGUUGUGAUAAGAUAUAUGAGAACUAUUAUGUAAUGUUGCGGUAUUGAUUGUUGUUAAUGGACCAUUGUUGUAUUCUGUUUUGAGAUGAAUGUAAUUUAUUUGAGAUAGGGCCUUGUUGUUUUGGUGAUGUUUUAAAAGGCCUGCUCAGUCCUGCCUCCCUCUUCUAAGUCACAUGGCUUGUGGAGGACGAGAUAAGGGCUGGGUUCCACUUUGGUGGGCUACAAUAUGCUUACUAAACAGGGUUAAGUGAAGCUACUGUUGUGAAUCUAGUACUUUAAGAUAACACAAUAGUUGUUGAAUCUUUUGAGAUUUAGAGGUAUGUAACUCUAAAAAAAAAGCCUCUUUUUGGUGAAGAGGGAAGCUUAGCAGUUUGCAGUGAGUAAGUAGCCAGGCCAGAGGAACAGGCAGCAGGCACCACCAGCCUGCCAGUCCCACCACAGGACACGCAUCAGCACAGGCCAAGCUGGAAAAGUGCUCAUAUUAUGUCAGACUAAAGAUAUACAUUGCAUUUCAUUUUAUAGAAGUUCACUUUUGUGUGCUAAUAUUUUAGAGCAGUACUAAUUUGUUAAUGUGACAGUUCAGAAUUGCUAUGGAUGAAACUGUGUUUUUAUAAGUGAUGUUACUUUCUUUUUUUUAAGAUGAUAGGUUAAGUAAGAUUGUUUCCCUACUACUGGAAAAAUACUUAGUUUCAAUGCCUUAUUGUCAUGUUGGACCAUGCUAUUUAAUUGAAAAGAUGUUAAGUCUUAAGUUUCUGACUUAUUCUACCAAAAAAAUUGAACAAUAAACUUAAAAGUUUCAUACAGGUUUCAUCCUAUGUCCAGUCAAAAACCUACAUGCAGAAUUUAUUAUGAAACAAUUUAUCAUCACUCAUGAGACUGUAAAGGAUCAAAUACAAUACAAUAUGCUCAUGGUCAUGUUCCAGAAAUGAGCAUAAAGAAUAUUUCAACUCCCUGGUGUCUACGUGCUUCAGCCUGAUGUCACAUGUGUCAGUGCUGGACUACUGAAUAUAUGAAUGUGGCCCAUUUCUGUAUCAAUGUAUCUUCUGCUCUCUUAGUAUCAGUCUAGUGGAUCAGAAACUCCGAAUGUGAUUUCUCUCUUGACUGUUGAAACAAUUUCUGGACAGGUUUACGGCUGGUUAGUAGUCUAUUCACACGUAACGUUUGCCUUAUCUUCUAUGUGAUGCUUUUACCAUUUCUCGUCUUUAAGCGUUCUUUGAAAGCUUUUUUUGUAAUGCAAACGAUUGUAUCUGAUCUCCUAAUACCUAACAAAAAUUUUCCUGAAGGAAUAUUCUGUAACAACCUGAUGCUAAAGGAGGUGGCAGUUGAAAGUGAUCAACACAACAAAUUCUCCUUUUGAUGGCCAUUAAUCUUUUGUUUCUAUUCUGAGUCUUGUUCUCCAAAGCUAGAUUGAACAAGUGGGCUUAGAUCUACUGAAUGGAGUGGAGGCUGGAUGUGUGGUUUCUAGGUGUGGAGAACAGACGUUCAGAUCAUAGCAGUUUGUUACUUACGUGUUGGUUUUCUCACCUCCACCCUGUUCCAUAGGCUCCGUACAGAACCACUUUCAGGGGAGGAAUCACAGACAGUCAAAUUCCAUGAUUCUGCCACACAUUAUAGGAUCCUUUUAGGACUUUUUAUAUGCUCUUUUAUGUAAUAUUAAUAGUUUAUUGCUUUGGUUCCCUAAGCAUACAGUAUGUAAACUGUAUUGUCACAAAAAUGAAUAAAAAUCUUUUAAUGAGUA